AUGAAGUUCACAACCCGGCCCGUGAGCACCGGCUUUCCCAUAUCCCGCCAUCAAUCAUACCCAACAUUCCCACCACCUCCAACUUCUCAACCCACUCGUCCACGCCAUCCAGCCUUACACCGCCUGCACAACUUCCGGACCAUAGCCCUCCCCAUGCUCCUGGCAUUGGUCUUCACGACGCUCAUCCUCAACGCCAUCUACGCCUACUGCGUCGCGAAACCGCACACCGACAUCGCCGAUCAACUGGCCAAAAACGGCACUGCAGAAGCUAACGGGUCCCUCUUCGGUCGACGCUCUACCUCUGUCCCCCUUCUAGCAAGAGAGGCAGCUCCCAUCACGACGUCGACCACCAACUCCGCCGAGCGGAGUGGCUCAGAAACAGCUCUCCUAUUCUACACCCUCCUCACCCCCACCCACCUGCGCUCGCAAACCUCCUACAAACUCCUCCUAUCAUUCACAACUCUCCUUACCGCGGGCUGGGUUACGGCACUCUCUUUCUGGAUGCACUGCGAACUCCCGCCGCUCAAUAAAUCCGGCCAAAAAGUCUGCCCAGCACAGGUUCGCGGGCACUUCAUGUACGGCAUCCACGAGGUCAGCAUUGCAAAGACUGCGGUGGGUUGGAUCGUGGCUGUGGCCUACGCGGCGCACACACUCGUCCUGGUUGGCGGGUACAAGUCGCAGCGUCGAAUAUGGAGACUCGCGAAUGGGAAGGGGGAGAUCGAGCACGGCGAGGCCGCGGAGAUUGUGGUUGGCAUUGAUAUGAAGGAUAUCAACUCUCGUUGA